AUAUAGAGAGCUCAGUGAGCUGAUCAGAGAGAAAGCAUUCUGCCAGCCAAGCUCCUACUAUUCGCAAUCACUUCCUAACCUCACCCUUUUUAACAUAUUUGAUCACUUUUGAUUCUCUGUUAUUUUUCUUAUUAUUUUUCCGUGCAUGAAGGAGGUUCUAUAGGUUGUGAUCUUUUUGUUGUAUUAUCACUUGCUUGUCGGAGAGUUGACUUCAUAUUUGACUAAAGCAUUGGCUUCAGCUGCUCGCACCACCUCACAAGAAGAAAAGGGAGAAGCAGCAAUAUUUGUUUUACCAGUUGAUGAUUUUCAUCAAGACUUGAGCUGGAACUUGAUAGCGCUCUGCUGCUAGUGUGUAGCCUACAUCAAUUGUGUGUUUUAUGCUGCUGUCACGUCGCCUACGUUCAACGUACUGCUCCGUUUAUUGAAUAGGCUACCUCAUUUCAUUAUCGCAAUCAUUUGCUAUUUUUUCCCCCUUGAAAGAUAUCCUGGAUGGCUGACUGCAAGCGCCCCUGGACUUGGCCUCUAAGUGCAAGGCUGCGAUUCAGCUCGCCAUCACAUCAGUUUUAAAACGUGUGCUUCGCAUCGUCUACAACAGCAAUAUAAUUUGACAUUUUCGAAGAUUCAACGAACAAUCGACAACAGUAGGCUUUUAGCAUUUUUGUUUUUGUUUUUUUACUAUUAAUUUUGAUUACAGCGUGCUGCAUUCUUUUGAGAAAACAAGCACCGCGAAACCAAAAACGGCAGACAAAAAGUUUCCUUACGUUGACUGAUAGAUAUGGCAAUGGUAGUGUGGAGAGGCUCCCAGGACGAUGUGUCUGAGACCCAAGGUACCCUUUCUUCGCAAUCUCAAGGAGGACUAUCCCUUCCGACCCCUCAGAUGAAUCUGUCAGGCUCUCAGGUCGCCCCUCCGACCCCUCAGACAACCGUCCAAGGACCCCCGAACAACACUGUACAGUCUACGCCGACAAACCAGACGAUGCAGUCGGAGAAACAGCAGCCACAGCACAUAGAAUGCGUUGUUUGCGGGGAUAAAUCUAGUGGUAAACACUAUGGCCAGUUUACUUGCGAGGGGUGCAAAAGCUUCUUCAAACGGAGCGUACGAAGGAACCUCAGUUACACAUGCCGUGCCAACAGGAAUUGUCCCAUUGACCAGCACCAUCGCAAUCAGUGUCAGUACUGCCGCCUCAAAAAAUGUCUGAAAGUUGGCAUGAGACGGGAAGUUUCUCUUUUUACUGCAGCGGUGCAACGGGGACGGAUGCCACCCACACAGCCACACCAUGGUCAGUUCGCCUUGACAAAUGGGGACCCACUGCACUGCCAUUCCUACUUAUCCGGAUAUAUAUCUCUACUGCUACGAGCGGAGCCCUACCCAACGUCCCGGUAUGGCAGUCAAUGCAUGCAACCCAACAACAUCAUGGGCAUCGAGAACAUAUGUGAACUGGCGGCCAGGAUGCUGUUCAGUGCCGUGGAGUGGGCCAGGAAUAUCCCCUUCUUUCCAGACCUUCAGAUUACUGACCAGGUGGCUCUUCUGCGGUUGACCUGGAGUGAGUUAUUUGUGCUCAACGCCGCACAGUGCUCCAUGCCUCUCCAUGUGGCUCCACUUCUGGCGGCGGCUGGCCUACACGCCUCCCCCAUGUCUGCGGACAGAGUGGUUGCCUUUAUGGACCACAUUAGGAUCUUCCAAGAACAAGUGGAAAAGCUGAAAGUUUUGCACGUUGACUCUGCUGAAUACAGCUGCUUGAAGGCAAUUGUGCUCUUCACUUCAGACGCUUGUGGCCUCUCAGAUGUGGCCCAUGUGGAAAGUUUGCAAGAGAAGUCCCAGUGUGCCCUGGAGGAAUAUGUUCGGAGCCAGUAUCCCAACCAGCCAACACGAUUUGGGAAGUUGUUACUUCGCUUGCCUUCACUGCGCACAGUGUCUUCAUCGGUCAUAGAGCAAUUGUUUUUCGUCCGAUUGGUAGGUAAAACCCCAAUUGAAACCCUCAUCAGGGAUAUGUUGCUUUCGGGGAGCAGUUUUAACUGGCCUUACAUGUCAAUUCAGUAAGCAGAAGGAAUGAACAAAGGGGUUAAGAAUGGUUAGUGCUUCUUUUGUAGAAGGAAAACGGCUGUUACAAGAGCUUGCUUUCACAAAGAAAGACAUUGUCAUAAAUGACUGUGAAUUUAAAAAAUUGAGACAUUCAUCGAACUUUCAAAAUGCAGAUAAAAGCUCCCCGUGUCAUUCGGAAUAAGUUGCUUCUUAUCCAUUUUUUAAGAAAAAUAAAUAAAACGAAAACAAAAAUAAGGAAAAUGAUUUUGGUAAUCCUCAAAUCGAAAAUGAAACUAUAAAGUGCAUUUAAAAUGAGUAUUUGGAAAAACUUAGGAGAAAAGAAAAAGUAAGUUUUCUUUUUCCAAAUUAGCCUACUUGUCCUGUGUCCAUGUAUCUAGCUAUUUUUUGUACUUUUAUUUUGUUCCUCCUUUCUGGUUCCAAACCGGCCUAUGUGAUUCUGUAGUACAGAUGGUGUUCUUUUCUAAAACCAUGACUUCUUUUGAAACAGUUAAGUAAUGUAAAAUGUUCUUCAAGAAUUAAAACUAAAUCCACAGCAAUAUAGGAAAGGCUUAUAACUACAUGCUUAAUGCUGCAAACGCACUUACUCUUAGGAUGACCCACACUAAACUGGGCAAGGGAGUUUCUUUUGGUGUUCAAGUUCAACUUUCUGAUCCAGCUAAAUCAUUUCUCUUUCCAAUUGAGAAUAUAGCCUAUAGCCUAGGCUACGUGAUGUUCCAGGGUUGCCCUGUUUUGCCAUUGCUAAGUUGAGCCAUUCGAACCACAUCAGCUCUUAAUAUAGAACAAGGAUUCUACAAGGCACUGUCGACAGUAAAACAGCUAUUACAGAACAGUGAAUUAAAUAGCCUGCAUACUGGCAACCUAUGUUUAAUGAACCCCUUUCUGGCUGUAUUCAACUUUGUGUGUCCCCUCAUGCACCCAGUUCGAAAUGUUUGGCAUUCAUUUGCAGACAGUUCAACAAAAUUAUUAAAGCCUUGAGAUAUGGGCUACUGAAGGAUGAGUGUGGCUUGUAAACGUAGAUGCACAGCUAUUUUAAUUGUUAUGUUCAUUUAGAUAUGGUAUUAACUACCAAUCCAUUGAACAUUGUGUCUUGCAAUGUAUAGGCCGAAACAUCAAUCAAAACAUCUAGUCAUACAAUAUCUUAUUUUGAAAUUGGAAAGGUCAAGGGUCAUAUACCUUUUAUGUAGGCCUACAGCUGGAAUAGUGUUUAAUAGCAGUAUUAUUACGAUAUCCCUGAAAUGUCACCCUCUCUACACUUCAAGCAUUAAGUGCCUGAAAAGUAAUUUCUUAUCAAAACGUUGUUUAAGUAUACAACUUUGGGAACACUAUUAGAUUUGAAACUUCAGUCUUAUGCUCAUGUAUUUCACCUGAAAAACAUUAAUUAGAGGCAGUAUUGUUGUAAAUAUAGGUCAAUUCAUUUCAAAGAGUUUUCCUUUAUACAAAGUAUAUGUGAUUAAGAAAAACUGUGGUUGCCAUUUUUUCGGUAAUACAACGUCUUCAAUUGAGUGACAGAUUUAGCUAGUAGCACUGAAAGUUAUGUUUGUAAUGUAUAUACAUAUUACGACAAAAAUGUUUUCUUUUUCAUGUAUUUAGACUGUGAAUGCAUGGCCACAGGUCGCUAACCUAUUUUAUCUUUGAUAUAUAUAAAUGUAAAUGUUUUUGACUGUAUAGAUAUAAUCUGUGCAUUCAGUACACUAGCCCUUGUAUUUAAAAAAGAAACAAAACGUUCAACAAUAGGCUAAGACUAAACAGGGUGAGCUGGUUUGGAAAGGAGUAGCUAUUUUGACUUAGUGUUCUGCUCCUUUGGUCUGUGACAGAUGCCUUGUGUGUGUGUGUGUGUGUGUGUGUGUGUGUGUGUGCGUGUGUGUGUGUGUGUGUGUGUGUGUGUGUGUGUGUGUGUGUGUGUGUGUGUGUGUGUGUGUGUGUGUGUGUAAGCUAGCAAUUUUGUCCUUGUUUUUGGGGCUUUUCUUCAACACACAAGACACCAUGUUGUGGUUGGACAUAAAGGGAUCAUAUUAUGUAGUUGAUUGAACAGUGCUCUUUGGCUGUUCCCAUGCCACAUAUGGACCAGAGAAUGAUACAUGAUUGUAAUUAUGAACAGUUUAAACUGACCCACGUUUUUAUAUAAAUAUAUAAAAAUAUAUGACUGCAGGGUAUUGAUAACGUAUAGAUACUUUUUUUAUGAUGAUUAUGAUUAUUAAUUGCAAGUGAUAUAUGUGAGUGUGUGUGGAAGUUUAUAGUUGAACACAAUUCUUGUUUGUUUGUGUUAGCUUAUUGUAAACAAGCAUUCUGCUGUAAAUUUGUUCUUGGUAUUAAAUUAUAAUUUAUGAAUUGGAAAACAAAA